CCGGCGCUGUCCUGCUGCGCUGUGGAGCCGGUAACGUGGCAGGACUGGGACGGGCGCUGAGUCGUGGGGGAACCCCGAAGAUUUUUUUCUUAGGUAUAUCAACUGAAGUUUAAUGAGAAGAAUUGUGACCAGCUAGGAGAAUUUUCUGCAAGGAAUGGAAUUAGCUCAUAGCUUAUUGCUGAAUGAAGAAGCAUAUAAUCAACUAGGUGAAGUUCAGAGGGCAGAGUUUAUUUUUGAUUGGUUGAGAUAUUUGGAGAAGCUCUUGCUGGCAACCAGCAGGAGUGAUGUAAGGGAGAAACAGAAGACUCUGGUAGAACAGCUCCUAUCUUUGUUGAACAGCUCUCCAGGGCCUCCUACCCGCAAACUGCUGGCUAAAAAUCUCGGAAUUCUUUAUAGUAUUGGAGACACGUUCUCUGUUUAUGAGACAAUCGAUAAAUGUAAUGAUCUUAUUCGUAGCAAAGAUGAUUCUCCAAGUUAUCUUCCCACUAAACUUGCUGCUGUGGUAUGUUUGGGUUCCUUGUACAAGAAGUUGGGGAGAAUCCUGGUUAACACCUUUACCGAUACAGUGGGGAAUAUUCUUAAAGCUAUGAAGAGUGCAGAGUCUCAAGGUCGAUAUGAGAUUAUGCUGAGUCUACAAAAUAUAUUAAAUGGACUAGGAGCUGCUGCUAUACCUUGCCACAGGGAUGUUUAUAAAGCUGCUAAAUCCUGCCUAACAGAUAGAUCCAUGGCUGUUCGUUGUGCUGCUGCAAAGUGUCUCCUUGAACUUCAGAAAGAGGCCAUCUUUAUGUGGAGUACGGACCUGGAUAGUGUGGCCACACUAUGUUUUAAGUCCUUUGAAGGUUCCAAUUAUGAUGUGAGGAUUUCAGUUUCAAAGCUACUAGGCACGGUGUUGGCUAAAGCUAUAAUUUCUAAACAUCCAGGAGCAGCAGCCUCACGUCAAAGCAUGCGCAGAGUAUCUCUGGAGGAAGUUCUGGAAUUACUAGGAACAGGGUUUCUCCGUGGGAGUUCAGGAUUUCUUCGAGCCAGUGGAGAUAUGCUGAAAGGAACCAGUUCAGUCAGUAGGGAUGUUCGAGUUGGAGUUACUCAGGCUUAUGUGGUAUUUGUUUCAACACUAGGAGGGACAUGGCUAGAGAAAAAUUUUGCUGCCUUUCUUUCCCAUAUUCUAAGUCUUGUGUCACAGUCGCACCCUAAAGCCACCCAAACUCAGACUGACGCUGUCUGCGGUCGCCGUUGUGUUUCAUUUAUCCUCCGAGCUACUAUAGGAGGCCUUCUUGGAGAAAAAGCUCAAAUUGCUGCUGCCAAGGAUAUUUGCCAGGCUAUCUGGAAGUUAAAGAAAGUUAUGGAUGCUGUGAUGAGUGACAGUAAUGUGGAGACCCGGCUUGGCUCCACAGAUGUAACAGCCAGCCAGCAUAUGCUGGUGUGUGCUCUACAAGAACUUGGAAAUCUCACAUACAGUCUUGGCACCACAGCUGCACCUUUGCUGCAAGAUUCAAGUUCAGGCAUUCUUGACAGUGUCAUUUCAGUUAUUGUGCAUCCUAGCAUUUCUGUUCGACUAGCGGCAGCUUGGUGUUUACACUGCAUUGCUGUGGCAUUACCUUCUUACCUAACACCUCUUUUAGACCGUUGCCUGGAACGGCUUACUGUACUUAAGUCUUCACCUGAAGCAGUGACUGGCUUUAGUUUUGCUGUGGCAGCUUUGUUGGGAGCAGUGAAACAUUGUCCUUUAGGAAUUCCUCAUGGAAAGGGCAAGAUUAUUAUGACAUUAGCAGAGGAUUUGCUGUGUUCAGCUGCUCAAAACAGUCGUCUUUCAGCCCAGCGCACACAGGCUGGAUGGUUGUUGAUUGCUGCUCUGAUGACAUUAGGUCCUGCAGUUGUCAGUCAUCACCUUGCUCGAGUUCUGCUGUUGUGGAAGUGUGUCUUUCCAGUGUCUCCUAAAGAUCUAGAAACAGAAAAGAGCCGAGGAGAUUCAUUUACAUGGCAGGUAACCUUGGAAGGACGAGCUGGUGCGCUCUGUGCUGUCAAGAGUUUUGUUUCCCACUGUGGUGAUCUCCUUACUGGGGAAGUAAUUCAGCGUCUUCUUCCACCACUUCCUUGUGCUGUGGAUUUGCUAACUCAGCUUUCUUCAGUGCUAAAAGCAUAUGGAAGUCCUUUGAAAACACCAUCAUUAGUUUAUAGACAGAGGCUUUAUGAAUUAUUGAUUUUAUUACCUCCUGAAACCUAUGAAGGAAACCUUUGUGCCAUCCUCAAAGAGCUGGCUGCUGACUUGACUGCCUCUGAUAUACAGGUGGCAGCAUCUGCAUUUUUACUUCCACCCCUCUGUCAUAGGGAUGAUCUUGUGAUAUUAAGUCCUUUGCUACAAGAAACUGACCAUAGAUUUAUUGAAGAACAGCUCCUGCUUGGUAAUGGUAUUGCUUGUGGAAGUUUGGAGUAUGACCCUUAUGCUAUUUAUGAGAAAGAUGUAUUGGGAGAUUCAGUGCCUAAGCCCCUACCUCCAGUACUAUCAGUUAUUAGCUCUGCAGUCAAGCUCUUUGGAGUUGUAUGUGCUCAUGUGGGAGAAGCUCAAAGGCUUCUUAUACUGGAACAACUUUUGGACAGUAUAAAGCACACAAAAGGAGCUCGUCAACAAGUAGUUCAGUUACAUGUUGUUUCUUCACUCUCUAGUUUCUUGAAGUACUUAGCUGGCUCCAAGGGAAACUUGGGUCAAGAAGAAAUGAGAAGACUUGCCGUGGCAUUGGUGAUGGGAGCCCUAGAAAGUCCCAACCCCCUCUUGAGAUGUGCAGCUGCAGAGGCAUGGGCUAGAUUAGCCCAAGUGGUUGAUGAUGGAGCUUUUACUGCUGCGUUAGCUCAAGUUAGCUUUGACAAACUGAAAUCAGCAAGGGAUGUGGUUACCAGAACAGGAUACUCAUUGGCUUUGGGAUCCCUACAUAGAUAUUUAGGAGGGAUAAGUUCUUCUCAGCAUUUGAAUUCUUGUGUCGGAAUCCUUUAUACUUUGUCUCAGGACAGUACUUCUCCUGAUGUGCAGACCUGGGCACUACAUUCGCUAUCACUGAUUAUUGAUUCUGCUGGCCCACUGUACCAUAUGCAUGUGGAACCCACCCUUUCUCUUAUUAUAAUGUUAUUGUUAAAUGUGCCUCCUACUCAUGCUGAAGUUCAACAAAGUCUUGGUCGCUGUUUGAAUGCCCUUAUUACUACUUUGGGUCCAGAACUACAGGGUAAUAGUACUUCCAUUUCCACCUUAAGGACUUCCUGUCUUUUGGGUUGUGCGGUGAUGCAGGAUAACCCAGACUGCCUUGUUCAAGCUCAGGCCAUCUCUUGCCUUCAGCAGCUUCAUAUGUUUGCUCCAAGACAUGUCAACCUGUCUAGCUUGGUCAGCUGCCUCUGUGUGAAUCUUUGUAGUCCCUAUUUGUUACUGAGAAGAGCAGUACUGGCUUGUUUACGUCAGCUUGUACAGAGAGAAGCAGCUGAAGUUUCAGAACAUGCUGUUAUGCUUGCUAAGGAUAGCAGAGAAGAGUUGACUCUAGAUGCUAACAUCAGAGAAGUGGGCCUUGAAGGGGCAUUAUUGACCUUACUAGACAAAGAGACAGAUCAGAAGUUAUGCAAUGAUAUCAAAGAGACUUUAAAUCAUAUGCUUACGUCUAUGGCAGUGGAUAAGCUCUCCUUCUGGUUAAAGCUUUGUAAAGAUGUACUUGCUGCAUCCGCUGAUUUUACAACUGUAACUUGUGUGGAUACAAUGCAAGAAGAGGAAGGAGAUAAAGGGGAUGAUGCCUCAGUUCUGACCACCAGAAAUGAUGACAAAUCCUAUCCCUUUACCAAUCCCCGAUGGGCCACUAGAGUCUUUGCUGCCGAAUGUGUCUGUAGGAUAAUUAACCAGUGUGAGAAUGCACACAGCGCACAUUUUGACAUUGCUUUAGCACAAGAAAUGAAAAAAAGGGAUUCAAGAAAUGACUUUUUGGUGCUACAUCUUGCCGACUUAAUUCGCAUGGCCUUUAUGGCUGCCACAGAUCAUAGUGACCAGCUCCGUCUUUCUGGCCUUGAAACACUGUUAGUUGUUAUUCGGCGAUUUGCAGCUAUUCCAGAACCAGAGUUUCCAGGUCAUGUGAUCCUGGAACAGUAUCAAGCCAAUGUAGGAGCGGCACUUAGGCCAGCCUUCGCCUCAGAGACACCACCUGAUGUCACUGCCAAAGCAUGUCAGGUUUGCAGUGCCUGGAUAGCAAGUGGAGUUGUGAGUGACCUUAAUGAUCUCCGAAGAGUUCAUCAGUUGCUUGUUUCAUCAUUAACAAAAAUACAGGCUGGAAAAGAAGCUCUGAGUCACUUAUAUAAUGAAAGUGCUUCUACCAUGGAGAUCUUAGCUGUGCUGAAAGCCUGGGCAGAGGUCUACAUAAUUGCUGUAGAAAGACAUAAAAGCCACAGACAACUUUUGAAGACUACCACCUGUUCAGAAGAGAGUGUCAGAAAUGGGUCAUAUUCAUCAGAUGGACUCCUUGACUUGGUUCACACAGACCUGGGCACGCUUAGUAGGCUCUGGCUUGCUGCGCUUCAGGAUUUUGCUCUCUUAACUUUGCCUUCAGAAUUUGCUUCCCAACUUCCUGUUGAAGGCGGUGCUUUCUACACAGCAGAGACUAGUGAAAAUGCAAAAUUGCAUUAUUACAACUCCUGGGCACUUAUCCUGCAUGCUACAGCAUUGUGGCUUACCAGCACAGGCUUUGUGGUUGCUGACCCAGAUGAAGGAGUAUCUCAUCUUUCAAGACCUGUAACACCUACUUCUAUGUGUCAAGGUUCAUCAUCUGGGGCUACAGUAAAGUCACCUGAGGAUGUCUGCACUGAUAGAUUCCAUCUUAUUUUAGGAAUCAGUGUGGAAUUUCUGUGUUCCUUACGCUCAGAUGCAACCAUGGAAAGCAUUACUGCUUGCUUACAUGCAUUACAGGCUCUUCUUGAUGUUCCUUGGCCCAGAUCUAAAAUUGGCAGUGAUCAGGACUUGGGCAUCGAGUUGUUGAAUGUACUACAUCGAGUAAUUUUGACCCGAGAAUCACCUUCUAUUCAGUUGGCUUCACUUGAAGUGGUAAGACAGAUUAUCUGUGCAGCUCAAGAACAUGUCAAGGAGAAAAGACGAAGUGCAGAAGUUGAUGAUGGGGCUGCUGAAAAGGAAACCCUGCCAGAGUUUGGAGAGGGAAAGGACACAGGAGGACUUGUGCCUGGGAAAUCUUUGGUUUUUGCAACCCUGGAAUUGUGUGUAUGCAUUCUAGUUAGACAGCUUCCAGAAUUAAAUCCUAAAUUAACAGGUAGCCCAGGAGUAAAAGCUACCAAGCCACAGGUGCUGUCAGAAGAUGGAAGCAGAUUGGUGUCAGCGGCAUUAGUUAUCCUCUCGGAACUCCCUGCAGUGUGCUCUCCUGAAGGAAGCAUCUCAAUUCUCCCUACUAUAUUGUACCUUACAAUUGGGGUCCUCAGAGAAACUGCUGUGAAGUUACCUGGGGGCCAGUUAUCUUCAACUGUUGCAGCUUCCCUACAGGCUCUGAAAGGAAUAUUGUCCUCUCCCAUGGCCAGAGCAGAAAAGAGUCACACUGCUUGGACUGAUCUUCUCCGUAGCGCUUUAACAACAGUACUUGACUGUUGGGAUCCAGUAGAUGGAACACAUCAAGAACUUGAUGAAAUCAGUCUCCUUACUGCUAUCACAGUAUUUAUUUUGUCUACCAGUCCAGAAGUUACUACCAUCCCAUGCCUUCAGAAGCGUUGUAUUGAGAAAUUUAAGGCUACUCUUGAGAUAAAAGAUCCUGUGGUACAAAUCAAGACCUAUCAGCUCCUACUUUCUAUUUUUCAAUAUCCAAAUCCAGCUGUUUCCUACCCAUAUAUUUACUCUUUAGUAUCCUCGAUUGUGGAAAAAUUGCAAGAAAUAGACCAGAGAAAGCCAGAAGACACUACUGAGCUUCAGGUCUUUCAAGAAGGCAUAAAGGUCUUGGAAGCACUUGUAGCCAUUGCUGAAGAACAGCACCGUUCUCAGCUGGUGGCCUGUCUUCUGCCCAUCCUCAUUUCCUUCCUUUUGGAUGAUAAUACUCUGGGAUCAGCAACUUCCAUAAUGAAAAGUUUACAUGAUUUUGCUUUGCAACAUCUCAUGCAGAUUGGGCCUCAGUAUUCUUCAGUUUUUAAAAAUGUAAUGGCUUCUUCUCCAGCCCUGAAAGCCCGCCUUGAGGCUGCUAUCAAGGGCAAUCAGGAAAGUGUCAAAGUCAAGAUACCAACAUCUAAACAUACCAAGAACCCUGGAAAGAAUGCAAGCAUCCAAUUAAAGACCAAUUUCCUCUGA